UUUGUAUUUGCCUAUGGGUAAGAUUAUUCAUAGUCCGGUUGUAACUAGGUCCAAAUCUCAAAACAAAACAUUGUCGUCAAGGACUGGAACAACCUAUCGUCUUAAAAUGGCGCACGGAACGAGCCAGACGGUGGAUGAGCAAAUGAAGCAGCUCAGGAGAGAGAGAGAAAAUAUGGAGAAGCAAAAAGCGGAUCUUGAAUUACGCAUGACACAAUUUGCAACUUGUCAGGAAUUAGCUGAUCAAGUUAAGAUGUUGCAACGUGAAAAAGAUCAACGAGAUCGAGCUUCGUCAAGUAACAAUAUAGAGUUAGACAUUAAAGCACCAAAAUUUUCUGACGAAGAUAAAAGUAAUCCCAUUGAAUUUUUACGAGAUUUGGAGAGAUAUUUCAACGUUCAUAACGUUAACGACGCAAAACAGGAUUGGGUUCUCGGGAGUAUAUUAGAAGGUCGAGCCAAAAUAUGGUACGAAGCAAAUAAAGAAGUAUGCAACACUUAUGAAAAUUUCAGGAAGCAUUUUAAACGGGAGUUUUAUUCCGUUCAAUACCAAGUUAAAGCUAAGAAUCGAUGGUCGUCUCGUCGUUAUAAAUCACAAGAUGGGGAAUUGCGCAGUUACUUUCGUCGACAAUCUAAAGAAGCGAAAUAUUUUGAGCCCGCGUUGUCUACGUAUGAAAUAAAUUAUGCUGUAGUACAACAACUACCAGCAAGGAUUCGAGAUUUAUUAGCAACCAUAGAUUUUAACAAUAGUGAAUUAAUAAUGCAAUCGUUAUCUAAUCUAGACAUAUCCCAAGAAGGCAGAGAAUUUGAUAGAGACAAAACUCAAAAUUUUAAUAGACCAAAUCAGAACAGGAAUCAAAUACAGGGGGUGAUAUCAAAUAAUUAUAGUCGACAAUCUCGUUUUCAAUCACGCCCUAAUAAUAAUUAUAAUAACAGUAAUAAUUAUGGUUCAUCCUAUAUGAAUCCCACUGGACACCGUACGUAUUAUGAUACAGUGCCGCAACAGUUUAUAUUGCCAAACACAAGAUAUCCACCUCCGGUGCUAGUAAGACCAACAAAUUACGAUAAUCAAGUAGCUAGUAAUCCUAACUUAUGCCAAUUUAAUAAUCCUGCAACUAAUUUAAACUAAAUUCGGGUGCGAUAAACAGAGAUCCGUUAUCGUACCGAUGGUCAAACGAAUUUAUCGAGGAUCUAUCGGCGGAUAUAGAACCUAGUUGUCAAAAUAAAGACGCUGCAAAAGAAAAGGGUCUGAAAUGUCCACAUCUAUUGGUUAAAAUAGCAGAUAUUACCACCUAUGCGCUACUCGAUACAGGGAGUCAAAUAACUUGUAUUUCUGAAAGUUUUUAUAAUCGAAUUAUGGCUAGUUGUCAGUUUGCAGUACUACCAGUAACGAACAUCAAGGUAUAUCCAGCAAUUGGAAAAAAGGCGGUGAGCGUGAAGCAACAAAUAUUGAUAGACUUGUAUAUAGAUCAGCGGAGAAUGACCUAUGCCUUUUUAAUUGUACCUAAAUUGUCUGUAGAUGUCAUAUUGGGGGAUGACUGGUUGUCAGUUAAUCAAGUAGUAUUAAAUUAUUCUACAGAAUCCAUAGAAAUUCACGGAACGGUAAUGGCUAACGAAUUUGU